AUGCUGAUCCUUACUUUAGGUCGAUUUGUAUUGUCUAACAAACGCUACACCAACUUAGCGAUAGUAUCUGUCUUUUUUGUGCUAGUAGCUUUAUUAUCUCUGUCUAUCUCCCAAAUCAAAAAGGAAGAGAUACCUUGCCAUAGCGAUCAAUCAAUCAAAACCGGCGAAUAUGAAAAGGAAACAAUCUCGCUAAGCCAGCAACGACUUACCAAGUACCGUGAUCCAGACUACGAGAAGUACAACACAAUUCUAUUCACUGGUCGACCAAAGGAUGCCUGGCUAAUUUCACACAUUCAUCAAAAUGUCCUAGAAAUGCCCAACCGUACCAAAGGAUACGACAUUCAGGUGCCAGAGCCCAGUCCAUUAGAAAGACUAGAAUACUUCCUAGUGAUCAAAAUAGAAGAGAGUUCGACUCCUCAAGUCACUAUAAUUAACAAAGGCUGGCAAGUAAAUUCAGAUGUUUUAUCCCUAUUCACUAACAAGAUGGACUUUAGUGCCAAAACCACGAUUCGGUCUUUUGUCUUUCCAGAUGUGGUGUUCAAUCAAUUAACCGUGCAGUGUGACCAGGAGAGUAUUGCUAAUCUACUUGAUGUCCUCUGGAAUAUUAACAAUCUUUAUAGCCACUCUUUAGGCGUGUAUUUCUACUGGGUGGUCGGAGAUAAGGCCUUUUUCCUCUCUUCAAUGGCCCCUUUAGUGAUUGUGCUUGGUCUAUUACUUCUCUUUAUUGAGCUGAUUGCUGGUGGCAGCUUUCAACCAACCAUUGUGAAAGACCGAGCAUACAUUUUACUGAUCCCAUUCCUAGCACCCGGACUUAGUCUUUGGUUUGGAUUAAUGGAGCCUUUUGACCUUUUUAUUCUCUACUCCUUACUGGUUCUUCUUCACUUCCCCACGGCACUCAUACUGGCCUCGAUCAAAAUAGCUUGGUUUGGUUAUUGGUUAAUCUUAUCUAGGGGAAGAAUCUGUUUUAUCCACAAAAGACACUUUGAUCUCCUUUCACAUGAACAAAGCAAGCAGCUAUCCUGUAGCUCAGCUCAAUAA